UGUGACGUUAGGUCUCGGUUUCCCGUCGUCACGUCGUUUUUAAUUGGCGUAAAUGUGGACAUUUCAUCAGAAAACCGUAUUUCCGAAUUUUAUACUGUGAUGAGUGACUGGAUUAUUGAAUUAAUUGCCACGUAGUAGAAGACCCAGCUCGGCCCACCCGUCAGUCUGUGAAGUGACAAGUGAUAGUGACACGAAAACCAUCUUCAUCACCAUUAUAACCCAGUUCCAGCAUGAAUAAUAAUUGAAGUAUAGAAGAGGGAGGUCUCGUCAAGCAUCACUUAUCAGUAUAUUGCCUCCAUUAUUCAUUGAUUGAUCGCCCACCAUGUUCCUCGUGGGUCUUACAGGAGGGAUCGCCACCGGGAAGAGCACUGUGAGCUCUAUGAUGAAAGACAUGGGCGUUCCCGUUGUAGAUGCUGACCUAAUUGCCAGGCAAAUUGUGGAGCCAGGGAAAAGGGCAUGGAAGAAGAUACGUGAAGUGUUUGGAGAUGAAGUCUUUCUUGAUUCAGGUGAAAUUGAUAGGCCGAAGUUGGGUGCUAUUGUCUUUUCUGAUGCAGAGAAACGGCGUGCAUUGAAUAAAAUUACUCACCCAGAUAUUUAUUCUGAAAUAAGGGGCCAAGUUCUUAAGCAUUUUCUCAGAGGAGAGCAGUUUGUCAUUCUAGAUCUUCCACUUUUGUAUGAGAGCAAUAAAGUUUCUAAUUAUUUAUAUAAGACAAUAGUUGUCUCAUGUGAUGAUGAAAUGCAGCUAGAGCGGCUUUUAGAAAGAAAUCAGUAUUCAGAGAAGGAAGCUAUUGCUCGCAUUGAAGCCCAGAUGCCUCUAGAGAGAAAAUGCCAGUUAGCAGACAUCAUCAUUGAGAAUUCGGGAUCAAUAGCAGAGACAAGGAAACAAGUGGAGGGAAUCAUCAAGUUACUGCGCUCAUCCAAUCAUCACAUUUAUAAUCGUGUCCUGUAUGGAGGCUUUUUUAUCGCACUUUUAGCUGGGAUUCUGGUUUUGGUGUAUUGGUUGUGUAUAAGAUGAUUUGUAUAAUAGAUAUAUUUUUUGAAGAGAUGACUGAUAUAUUGCAACAGGAGACCAGUUGCAUAAUUGGAAUUGCACAUUUAGUAGGUCACAUCACUGAGAAACAGUGUACUGUACUUCCUUGUUCAACGUUUUA